AUGGAGAAAGAGAAAGGAAAUGAAAACUGGAGUGAAACGGUGGAAGACCUAGUAGACGCCGGCGACGUGGAAUCCGCAAUCUCACUGCUCGAAUCCGUCGUCCAAACCCUAAACCCUUCCGAUUCCGCUUCGCAACUUCCGUUGGCCUCUGCUCUCUCAGACUUGGCCAACCUUUACUCCUCCAAAGGCUUCUCUCUCAAAGCCGAUCACCUUCAAUCUCGCGCCUCUCUCCUCAAACAACUUCACCGUUCCAAUUCCCCCGGCGAUAAAGUUCUGAAAGAGUCCAACGAGGACGGAGUAGAUAAUCCGACUGUUGCUUUGAGUCGUUCUGAUGGAAGCGUUGAAAAGCGUGCUGAGUCGACUGCUUCUUCGGAUGACGAUUGGGAAGCGAUAGCCGAUCGUGAACCUGAUGAGUUACUACCCACGGGAUCCUCUGAUUGUGUAUCUGGAAUAUCAAAUCUGAAAUUGGAGAAUACCAAAAGUGGAACCCCAAAAAGGCGUGGAAGAGGAACAUUCUCUUAUAAAAAACAAGAGCUUUAUAGUGAUCAGUUGCUUGAUAGCUCGAUCGAUGAUGUUGAGCAAGCAGAGACUUGUUGUAAUUCAGAAGAUAAUAGAGAUGUACAAAGCACAAAAUAUGGUACCGGCCAUGUUCUUGUUCUUGCUGAUUUUUCACCAAGUACUAGGACGACAGAGCUGGAGAAGCUUUUUGAGGACUUUAAAGACCGUGGAUUUGUGAUUCGUUGGGUUAAUGAUACAGUUGCACUUGCAGUAUUUCGAACACCUUCAGUUGCACUUGACGCUCUAAAUAGUGUUCGCUGUUCAUUCACCACGAGGAUACUUGAUGAAAAUGAUACUCUCCUUGCUUCAGUUAAACCCAGAGACCUGGAACCACCACGGCAACGGCCGAAAACUUCAGCCCAAGCAGCGCAGAGGCUGAUUGCUCAUAGCAUGGGGUUAAAAUUGUCACCCACAAGUUUUGGGUCCCGAGAGUAUAGAAAGCAAGAAAAUGCUAGGAGGGAACGUAUUGUUACCAGGCAAAAAUUAAGAGAUGAGGCUUGGGGAGACGAUUAA